UAAAAAUGUAAUGAUGAAAAACCCCCCGACUUUUUCCAGCCCAGCGGAGACAUACACACAGUCACACAGUCAAACAACACACUAUCUAUCAAUGGAGUGAAAGUGUAAAACCUCUGACCAGUUCACACCAUUUCCCUUUUUCAAACUUUUCAAACACUUGAACCUCAAAAAAAAAACUUCCUCCAUUCGGCAACAAAUUCUAGCUCGCUUCUCCAACUAGCUCUCUUCCUAUCUCUCUCUAGCUCCACUCUCUUCCUCCAUUCCGGCGGAGCUGAACGGAGGCGGAGUCGGAGCGCAAGGGGAAAGUAAUAAUUACAUCAUGGAGGUUUACUCUUUGCUUGAACGUUACCGUUUGGAUCGUCGGAAGCUGCUCGAAUUCGUUCUAUCUUUAGGUUUGAUUAAAGACAUCCGAACUCCUUCCGGCACCGUAUCUGACAUCAACUUUGAUUAUAUCAGCGUCGAUUACGUACUUCACUGUAUUCAAUCCGGUGGAGCUCUUGAUGUUGGUUUAGCUACUAGGAAGUAUCAUGAAGAAUUUGAGCUGCCAAUAACGACGGAUUUGCAGUCUGGGGAAUGCUAUUUUCUUCGUUCUGAUCCAGAAUCAGCUGGAUCUCCUCCUCGGCGGCCUCCACCUUCAGUUGUAAGAUAUAGUUAUGCUGAAAAUCAAUCAAGCCUGUCCAAUAUGGGAAAAGUUUCAACUUAUAAAGAUGUUGCUCCAUCUGGCUUUGAGGAUGUCAAAGUUUCAACUUAUAAAGAUGUUACUGCAUCUGGCUUUGAGGAUGUCCCAGAAAUGAAUGAUACAGCUACAAGUAUUGAAUCUGUAAACAUCGGGGAACUUCCAGACCUAGGAUUGCCUAGUUUGCAAACAGGAUUACUGGGCGAUGACUUGCGGGAAACGGCUUAUGAAGCAUGCCUUGCAUGUAUGCUCUUCUCUGGGAUGGAUGUUUCUAUUCAGAAUCGGAAAAAAGAGAAGAAUCCCAGGUUUUUGUCUGGAAUGAAAAGCAAAAGGGGUAAACACUUUGAAGCCGAAUCUCCUGACAAACAUCUGGAGUUCCUUGAUACCAUUCGCAUGCAAAUGCAGAUUUCUGAAGCUAUGGAUGCAUUGGCCAGGAGACAUCUUGGGCAGUUUGCAUCAGUAAAAGCAAUAGGACAAAUUACUGUUCCAGAAAUCUCAUUGGGCCUAUUAAAUAGCACAUUCGUUUCUGAUUUUCCUAAUGUGAAAUCAUAUAUGAAUUGGAAGAACCGACAUGUAAAUACUGUUGAGGAGUAUUUUUCUUCUGCUACUAAUAUAGCUGAUAAAACGAAGAUUGCACUUUUAAUUGCAAAGGUUAAAAAUUCAGAGGAAUGGGAUAAGAAGAUGUCCUACUCCGAAAGGAAUGAGAUACUUUCAUCUCUUAGGCAGUAUAUGUCUAUGUUAUCAUCUAAGCCUGGACGUUUUGGCCUUCGAGGAGAAACAUACUUUUGGGCUUCUGGAUAUCAUGUGAAUAUUAGGCUCUACAUUAAGCUAUUGUUUGGUUUGUUCGACAUUCUAGAAGACAGCCAGCUUAUACAGGAAUUGGAUCAACUCCUUAAAGUCCUUCAAUUGACAUGGCCUUUGUUGGGUAUCACUAAUAAGUUGCACAAUGCGUUGUAUGCAUGGGUACUUUUUAGGCAGUUUGUCCGGACAGAGGAGGGUAUGCUUUUAGACUACGCUAUACGUGUAAUGGAGAAAUUCAGGUUAUCUGCAGCUACUGACCGAAGGGAAGAUGAAUAUUUAAGUAGUUUAGUGUGUUCAACAUCAGAUAGCUGUGAAGAUAAAGUAACUUUGAUCCAGUCAAUUAUAUCAUCAAUUAGCUCGUGGUGUGACAUUAAACUGCAGGAUUAUCAUCUGCAUUUUUCACAGAAAUCUUCUCUCUUUAAAGGGGUGGUAACAGUGGCUGUUACAACUUGGAAAAUGAAUGGGUGCAACAAUUUCAAGAUGACUGAAGCUGAGGAGGCACUGAAGAUCACUUCUAAGAAGGUCAGAAAAUAUGCUGACCGUUCACUGCAAGCUGCAUGCAAAAGGGUGACUGGCAAACUGCGUUCUGGAUGUGAAGUAAGUCGGUCUCAUAUCUUAGCUGCACUUGCAAGUGAACUUAGAGUUAUUGCCGAGAGGGAGAUCAGCAUCUAUUAUCCUGUUUUACACCAUUGGUAUCCUGAAAUGGGGAUGGUGGCAGCCGUAAAAUUACACCGAUUUUAUGGAGAGAGACUGAUACCAUAUCUCCAGGGCAUAUCAUGUCUUUCUGAGGAUGUGAAAGAAGUGCUUCCUGCAGCAAAUUCAUUGGAGAAUUGCCUCACUGAGCUGUAUUCUGCUUGCCAAAAAAAUGGCUCAACUUUACCAUUCAGUGAGCAGUUUGUUCAUUACAAGGUCGGAGAGGUUUCCAGGCCAUUAGUUCUUGAUUGGAUAAUUGCUCAGCAUAGCCGAAUCAUGGAAUGGACUGGACGUGCCUUUGAUCUCGAGAAUUGGGAACCUUUGUCACAUCAGCAGAAACAUGCAGCUUCAGCUGUUGAAGUAUUUAGGAUCAUGGAGGAGACUGUGGAUCAACUGUUUGAGCUGAAACUACCAUUAGAUGUGACACACCUCCAGGCUCUACUUUCUAUAGUUUUCCAUACAUUGGAUGCUUAUCUGCAGAAAGUUACGAGUCAGUUAGUUGACAAGAACAACCUUUAUCCACCGGUUCCACCUUUGACUCACUACAAGGAGACAACAUUUCCAAUUGCCAAGAAGAAGGUAGUAGAAUCUGCUGUGCUGGAUGAGGAAGUUAACAGUAAGCUGAAUGAUUUAACAACAUCCAAACUUUGUGUCAGAUUGAACACUCUUCAAUAUCUUCAGAAACAAAUUUCUGCACUGGAAGAUGGCAUUAGGAAGUCUUGGGCUUCUGCAGGAAUAUUUGAGAAUACAGAUUCUUCUAGACAGGGAUCACCUGGGGCAUCUGGCAGAAUUUUGGAUGCGUGUGGCGAAUCAGUGGAUGAGCUUUUUGCUGCUACCUUUGAUUGCAUAAGGGAUACCACUGCUCACUCUAUCAGACAGAUUUGUGAAUUUAUUGGAGCUAGAGUUGUCUUCUGGGAUCUGAGAAAAUCAUUCCUAUACCGUUUAUAUCACGGUGGUGUUGAGCAUUCCCGUUUAGACAGUAUAAUUCAACAUCUAGACACGGCUCUAAAUCAUGUUUGCGGUUUGAUUGACAAUGCACUUCGAGAUCGGGUUGUCUCCAGCAUUUUUAAGUCAACCUUGGAAGGUUAUGUUUGGGUGUUACUGGAUGGAGGUCCCUCGUGUGCAUUCUCUGAUUCAGAUGUUCCAAUGUUAGAAGAAGACCUUAACAUGUUAAAAGACUUGUUUAUUGCUGAUGGAGAAGGCCUUCCUCGAUCGCUAGUGGAGGAGGAAGCAAAGUUUGCCCACCAAAUACUUGGCCUAUUUGCUCUUCAGGCUGAAUCAGUCAUUCAAUUGUUAAUGAGUUCCAGCGAACACAUUUCAGUCGGAAUGGAUGAGCGUAAAUAUGGUAACAGGUGCUUGGGAGAUGCUGAUACUUUGAUACGGGUCCUGUGUCACAAAAAAGAUAGAGAAGCCUCUAAGUUUUUGAAAGAACGCUAUAGGCUUCCUGCCUCUUCAGGCUAUGAUGAGGAGGGAUCGGAGUCGAACACGAGACCAACUCUGAUGACAGAGUUCAUAAUGCGCAGUGCAUCUGCUCGUUGGGGGGACAAGGGCAGCAGUAGCUUCAGGUCUUUCACAAAGAAACUGCAAGAAGCUACCUGGAAAUGA